AUGGCAAAUGUUUGGCUGCAACACCGAUCCUCGAUCGCCGGCGUCUGGGAGUUGACCUCCUUUGACAUCUGGGACCGCAAUGGUUCCGGGAGAAAGCUCUUGUCGCAGCCCAAUGGCGUCGAGCCCCUAGGUCGAUCCGUCAUCACUCCCGGGGGGUUCUCCUCUGCGCACAAUGUGAAUCCGCAGACGCUCCGACAGUAUAGUCAAGUGUCUCUCUCCGAGGCCACGGACGCACAGCUGGCCGAAAUUUUGCGAGCUGUAUCCCAUUACUGCGGACAAGUCCAGCUGUUCGAAGAGUCGGAUGGCACGCUUCGUCUCGAGAUCACUGUGGAGGCUGCGAGUGACCCGCAACGCCUCGGGUCGAUCCAAAAGCGCAAUCUCGUGUACUCUAACGCAGAUGGACAGACGACUAUGCUGUUGAAGCCCGUCGGAGACUUCUAUUUGAAGGCAUGCUUGUUUGACCCAACCUUGCCCGAAUAUUGCUGA